CUAAAGAAAGAAUCUGUUAUUUUCAUACUUCAUUGUUAUCAUGGUGAAAAUUGGUGUGAUUGGUGCAGGAAUAAAUGGGAUAACUUGUGCACUUCGGAUCAAAGAAACAUAUCCAAAUUUUGAGGUGGCAGUGUUAUCGGAGCAGUUCAGUCCGGACACGACAGGGGAUGGAUCUGGAGGUCUCUGGUAUCCUUAUUGCUGUGGAAAUACUCCCGGGGAUCUUCUUCUUAAAUGGGGUGGCGAAACUUACAAGUUCCUACACUCCUGCUGGCUGAAAGGUGGCCAUAACGUGACUAUGGGGCCGGUCUACUGCCUGAGCAAAGAGCAUAGCACAGGGACCUUGGCGUGGGCUUCGACAGUCUUCGGAUUCCGGGAACUAGAACAAAAGCAGUUGGAGUACCUCAACCGGUUAUACUCUGGAGACUACAUUUCCGGGCAUACAUUCACAACCUUCGUCGUCCACACAACAUACAUCAGGCAUGACACACAAAUCGCGCAACCGACGUAUCAAGCCAAAGUGCAGAGUUCGGCGGGCCGCGCUAUCCACCAAGUUACCGUGGACACCCGUGGAUCACAACUUCGAUUAGAGGUGUCUCAAUCCGAGGAACCUACGCACCAUGACUACGACCGCAUGAUUGACUCAAUAAAAUAUAUAAAACCUAGAAUUUACCGAACCAACGUCGAUAUAAGUCCAAAGAGAACAAUAUUUAUUAAUAUUUUGCUUUUACCAAUUGGCAGCUGGGAUUUUUUAAGAGAUUUUGGCGAACUUCGGGCUUUAACAGUAACAUAUAAUCUUACGCAAAUACUAAAUAGUAUCAAAAAUAAAGAUUUUCUGUUUCAGGAUGCUAAAGUGGUGAAACACUGGACAGGUCUGCGACCUGGGCGAGACCAGGUCAGAUUGGAGACAGAAAUAGUGGAUGGGAAAUUAGUUAUACACAACUACGGGCACGGUGGGAGUGGCGUAACGUUGUUCUGGGGGUGCGCAAGUAACGUGUUAGAUUUGCUGCAGGAAAAUUUGAAUCAAAUACACAAACCACUUAAGUCCAAAUUAUAAUUAAAAUAACGAAGCCUUUGUUAAUGUAGGUGGGAGUUACAAUUUUUGUAUUCAUUGGUCUUUAAAUAAAAUAAAGUUUAAAGCCUGGCGUCCACUAGGCGUGCCGUUUCGAGCCUCGUUCAUUCGCUUUCUGCAUUGCUUAUAAGACUGCGUCCAUUAAGGCAUAUAAGUCGCAUUCAAAAUGUAUGAGGACUCGAUUCGGCGCGAUUCCGCCAUAGUGGACGCCAGGCUUAAAGUAACAUAAGUAAAUACAAAGGUAUAAUAUAUUGUACAGCGUGCAUUUUGAAUAUUACUUUAACCAGACCAAGGUUUUAGUGCUAAGAAUCCAUACAACAACUUAAUUAUAAGUUUGUGUGCUGAUGCAGAAUUAUUUUGUAUGAAAAAAUAAAAGUAGUAUUUUUUAAAUAAACCAUAUGAAAAUAUGUUCCGUAAGGCUUAUACUAUACUCUUUAAAUAAGGCUAAUACUAUACUAAGGCUUAUACUAUACUCUUUAUAUUUGACGUUCAUAUUCGCAUUGUAAUAUGCCUAAUCGGAAAAAUAAAUAUUUUAUUUCAUAAAUGUGACGGUAAUAUCAAAAUUACAUACAAAAUGUAGUAUAUAAAAACACACCUUGAUUUUAUUUUAUCCUGUCACGGUCGCCAAUAGUGCGUUUAUUAAAAAUUAAACAAGUAA